AUGGUGAUGAUAUAUCCCCUGAAGAAUAUGACUGCGAUCGACGCCUUGUUCCAAGGUGUAGGAGCAGCUACGAUGACAGGACUGAACUCUGUCGACUUUAAGGAACUUACUAUCUACCAGCAGGUAGUCCUUUAUAUCAGUCCUAUACUUGGAAACAUAUGUUUCAUCAACUUCAUUGUCGUCCUAGUGCGGCUGUACUGGUUUGAGUCCAAGUUCAAAGAAAUCGCCACAGAGAUAGCCGCUAUUUCAUCGGAGCCAGCAGAAGCCGGAGAGCCUGAAGGGUUGAAGCAUAGAAACGCUCACCCUCCAGAUGAAAAGGUGCAGGAAGACCCCAAGCCGGCCACUGUUGAAAAACAGCUGCCAACUACUGGACCUGGACACGUUUCGUUUUCGACAGAUACCUUCAGGCCCAGGGAGAAGGCCCUUAGGAUUCCCGGUCCAAGACAGUUUGAAGCCGGCCAUAGGGCCCAUGAAGUCGAUGAAGAAACUGAUGGAGAUGAACUUACCAAAGCAACAUCCGUCGAUCCGUCAAUCGUAGGCGCAUCGAGUGUACGUGAAAGAGGAAAGCUGGGAAGAAUCCUAUCUCACGCAACAUCCGUGGAACAAGCCGCCUCAUCAGCUUUUGUCUUGGGCAGUGCAUCUCGCCCCAGAUCUCGCUCUCGAUCGGUUUCUCGUUCUCUACGGCCACUCAGUAGGACUGGUUCACGAGGCUCUCAAGCCCCAUAUCUGUCGUAUACUCCUACCAUAGGCCGGAAUUCUCAAUUCCUCAACCUAACUGAAGAACAGAGAAUUGAAUUAGGCGGUAUUGAAUAUCGGAGCUUGAAGCUGCUAGCUAGGAUAGUGGGUUGCUAUUACUUUGGAUUCCUACUAUUGGGGUCUAUAUGUCUUGUAAUCUGGAUUUAUGCUGCGGAUCCAAGUCACAGACAGUAUCUCGCAAAGAAUGGAAUACAUCCAGUCUGGUGUAUGACAACGUAUAACAACCUAGGUUUUGCCCUUACUCCAGACUCCAUGGUCAACUUUCGCUCCAGCACAUUCCCAAUGCUCCUCAUGACUUUUCUCAUCCUCGUCGGCAAUACUGCUUACCCUUGUAUGCUCCGGUUCAUCAUCUGGUGCAUGUUUCACAUUUCACCCAAAGCCUCAGCUAUCCGGGAACCACUGAACUUCCUCCUUGACCACCCUAGAAGGUGCUACACCCUUCUGUUCCCCAGUCGAGCAACAUGGACGUUGUUUGGGACACUUGUGCUGAUAAACGGGGUGGAUAUCAUGCUCUUCAUGAUUUUGGACCUGAAGAAUCCGGAAGUCACGGCGAUAGAUACAACAUGGCACCGAUUAUGCGCUGCAUCUUUUCAGUCUACGGCAGCAAGAACUGCUGGAGCUACUGCAUUUUCCUUGUCUAAGAUUCAUCCUGCUGUGCAGUUUAGUUUGAUGGGUGAGUUGUUAUUAUGUCCCUGCUAUCUGGGAAUGUGUGCGGCUAACAUCUUUGGUAGUGAUGAUGUAUAUUUCUGUCUUUCCGGUAGCUAUCAGACGAACACUUACGAAGAGUCAUCAUUGGGUCUAUACGAGUCUGACAAGGAGGUCGAUGAGAACUCGGACUCCUCAUCUUACUUGGGACAGCAUAUCAAGAAACAGCUUGCCUUUGACCUAUGGUACAUCUUCCUAGGCGUCUUUCUCAUAACUAUAGCAGAAGGGAAUAAGAUUGCGGACCUGACUGACCCUUUCGUUAGUGGAAAUGUCGGCCUCUCCCUUGGCCAUCCAACUAUAAAUGCUGGGUUGUCGGGUAAGUUUACCACCGUCAGUAAGCUAGUUAUGUGUGCAAUGAUGGUCCGUGGCCGACACCGUGGCCUACCUUAUGAGCUUGAUCGGGCGAAUGAACUUUUUGAACAGUCUCAAUAA